UUAAAAUGGCUGCCAAGGGAAGAGUAUCUUGGACAUAAGAAGACAUAUUCGUCGGAAAGGACUUUUUGGCAAUUGUCAUGCAUUUUAAUGGAGCUGGAUUUUACUGCUGAAUACAAAAUAUUUUGAGAGAACGAUAAAGUUUGUAAGAAAAUGGAAGGAUUGACGCUUAGUCAGCAAGAACAAAUUUGCUAUGGCGAAUUGUUUCAGACCUGUGAUGUUGAUGGUACAGGGAGAAUCACUGGUGUUCGUGCCUCCGAUCUGUUCUUGUCCUCGGGUCUAAGCCAGGACCAUCUCAUGCAGGUUACAGAACUAUGUGGAGCUAAAAGGCUUGGACAUUUUGGAAGAAGCCAGUUUUACAUUGCCCUGAAACUCAUUGCUGUUGCCCAGUUGGGCCUACCGGUGAAGCUAGAUAGUCUAAACACAGGAAAAGAUAUUCCACUUCCAAAGUUUACUCGACAGAACCAGAACGAUAUUGAUAAAAGAUUAGUUCCUCCACCCCAAAGUACUACCCAAGAACUUUCAGUAGCAGACAGGCCGCCUGUCCAAGGAAGUGCACAACAACCAAUGCAAACAGCUGCUGGUCAGCUGCCUCCCCCACCUGCCAACAAAAAAUCACACAGUCGUAACCUCUCUGGCCAGUACCGAAGUGUGGACCAACAGGGACAGAUUAAUUCCAGAGACGAUUCUCCACACAAUGCAAAAUCUCCACCUUUCUCUCCGAAACAAUCUCCACCCUCCUCUCCACCAGUCAUACCCCCUACCCAGAAUGCAAUACAACCAAUCCCAACAGCUUCCACCAUUCCAGCGGUUGUCCCGGUGACAGCCAAUCAGAACUCAUUUCCAGCCAACACUCCGACAGUGAUUCCUAGUGGAGCUCAGACCACGAUUCAAACAGGACCCAGUGGGGGACCAAGUGGAGGGCCUCCAGCCGGUUAUGUUGCUAACUCAAUGAAUUCCACACACGAAGCUGGCUGGGCAUCAUUUGAGGAUGAUGGGAGUGAAUGCCAUGGUUUACUCGGUACUGGUCCAAAGAAAACAUAUAACUUAGAAGCCCCAGGAUUUGAUUCGUCGUCUAUAAGUUCUGACCCGGAGAGUGUUGACGAUAUCUGGAGUAUUAAUGAAGAACAAAGAGAUUACUAUGUAAAACAAUUCCAAAUCAUGCAACCUGACCUUGGUGGUGCAAUAUUAGGCGGGAUUGCAAAAGAUUUCUUUGAAAAGUCAAAACUACCAGUGCAUGAAUUAUCCAAGAUCUGGCAGUUGUCUGAUUUGAACCGUGACGGUGCGUUAUCUUUAGAGGAGUUCUGUAUAGCUAUGCAUUUGGUGGUGUUACGGAGAAAUGAAAUAGAACUGCCGGACCGACUUCCCUUUUCUCUCAUGCCAUACUCUGCUUUUACGAAUGGUGAGCUAAAUCUGUCACAUGAGGAACCAUUUGCUGCAGACCUGCCCCCAGGAAGUACCCUUAAACGGACCACGCCCCCUUCUUCACCGCCAGCCCAGCAGAGUGGGGGAGCCCAUUGGGCCCAGUCCCUGAUCCAAGAGUCACCCCAAACCUCCAGCGAGAUGUCCUCGCCAAGCAUCAAACCUGCCAACUUUGAGUUCUCCAAACCAGUACCUUCUGAUCCUGAAGCCAAAAUUGUUCAUCCUGUGGCAGUGAGAAUGUCACCAGAGAGUCAACGGUACCCACCCGAGGGGGUGGAAAGGGGUAGGGCGUUUUCAGAGCCAGCCCCACUUGUUGACACCUCAUUUUCCGACCAAUCAGAACCCUUGCAGACCGAUCCUAACAUGUCCACUGCAGCAACCACUAUUACCACAGUUACCGUGACAACCAAACAGCGGUCCAACACAGAGACUAGUUAUACUGCUGAAACAACUCCUACCGUCCAACAAAACGACUCUGGUGCUGGCAGUAAAGCUGCGCCCGCUAGUCAAGGGCCCAUAACUCUUGUCAGUAGGCCACGGCCGGUGCCAAAGAAAGCCAAUCCAGUACCAGGGGGCGUUGGUGGUCUCCUUAUACCAGUACCAGUGACUAGUCAACCUGGGACUGGAGAAGGGGCUGUGGAUCGACCUCCGCUAUCAUCUACUCACAGUUUAGACAAUGUCGUAAACCAGGAACCUCCUCGACCUCCUCCGCGGCCCGGGGCUCAGCCUCACAGCCGCAGUCUGUCUGUGGAUCUCAUAGGUAUAGGUCUUUCCACGCCCCCAGCUGUUCCACCGAGAACCUCACCCAAAGAUAGUCCAGCCUAUCGGCGGACAGCUGAUGGGGCAGUUGUAGUGACAGAUAAAAAAAACAAAUUUCCAGAAGUUAAAAAAUUUGAGUCAAUUCCUUCACAAGAAGUUUUAGUCCUCCCUGAAAUAGAUUCUGUUGAUGGGUCCAAGUCUGUGGAGGAUUCUGACAGAACGCGAAGAAAUCUCUCGCAGGAUUACACAAAACUGGAACCCAAUGUUUCCCAGGGACCAGAGUCAGGAGACAGUACAACAUCGUCGGGCGGAGUGAAGGUUACCUCCCCUGGUGUGACCUUUGACCUUCCUACUGAAGAUGAGGCAGGAGGUGGGGAAAAACAGAGGGCACCUAUAUUUGCUAUGAGACAAGUCAGUCGUGAUAAGAAAGACCUACAGAUGGCAAUACGCACUCACAAGGAACGAAACACAAUGUUGGAGCGCCUCAACAGCGAACUUAACCAGGAGCUUCAGGAAGUAAUGGAGCAGCGUAUAGCAUUGGAGAUACAGCUGGAGCACCUCAAGCCCUUUACCAGCUAACACAGGCUCUUCACACUUCUCCUGACAACACAGGCUUUUCACACUUUUCCAGACAACAUAGGCUCUUCACACUUCUCCAGACAACACAGGCUCUUCACACUUCUCCAGCCAACACAGGCUCUUCACACUUCUCCAGACAACACAGGCUCUUCACACUUUUACAGACAACACAGGCUCUUCACACUUCUCCAGACAACACAGGCUCUUCACACUUCUCCAGACAACUUAGGCCCUUCACACUUUUACAGACAACACAGGCUCUUCACACUUCUCCAGACAACACAGGCUCUUCACACUUCUCCAGACAACUUAGGCCCUUAACACUUUUCCAGACAACAUAGGCUCUUCACACUUUUACAGACAACAUAGGCUUUUCACACUUUUCCAGACAACAUAGGGAGUCAACACAUCUUUAGUCAUCACAGGCCCUCCAUGAAUUCUAGUGCUAUAUAAACUUUCAAGUCAAACUGUGUGCAAUUUGUGGGAUGGCAAGUAUUUCGGAAUUAUUGAAAAUCCCAGAUUGGAUAUCUGUUGGAUUACAUGUCCUGCUGAUUAAGAAAGUUUUGUGAUUUGUGUACAAUGGUCUGGCACGACUCACCCAGGGAUCCUUCACUUUAACCAGCAAGGAGGUCUGCAUAUUCUUAUGGAACUAGUGUUUCUUCAAGGAUUCUCCAACAAAUGGUUAGACUGGUAGCUCUGUUAGGAAUGACACCCAGUUAUAAAGUAGGAACAUUUAUAUAGGGUACCAGUCAUCCUCACUCCACCUGGCUUGUGGUCGGGGUAAGACUUGAGGGUUAGAUCUGACAUACAUACAAUAGGAUGAGGAAGCUGGGAUGCCCAUUUAAGGAGAUAAAGAAAUUACAUUUUGAACAAUUAAUUUAUAGUCAGAUUCACUGUAUGAGAUGAAUAUAUGAUCAGUAUGUAACCUGUAUCGGAUUACCCAGCAAUAUUAUCCAGGCAGUGGAGUGUUAUAGUUUCCCGUUAGUUGGAGGAUGUGUCCGGGGAGCUGAGCAGAUGGGUCAUUCCUAACAAUGCUCAUCUCGUAGAAAUCUCUGAAUCAUAAUUCUACUUAGUGGACAUAUCUCAGUAAUUCCUUAUGUAGAUUUCAGUUAGGACUGCCACAAAGCCAGCUCAUAUUUAUUCAAAGGGAGAGAACUGUGAUUAUAUUACCUUGUUGAUACUUAGUCAUUGUGUACAGCCAAAGUAUUUAUACUGAUCAAAUAGAAUUUAUGAUUUAGUAAUUCUAAAUUAAUUUAGGAGCAUGGCUCCAGUAAAAAAAAACAUAACAUCCAUUGCAGAUAUUUUGAUUUUAAAGAAGUAACAGGUUUUUAUUGAAAAUGAAAAUGUUUCUGUAACAUAUUUAAAAUUAAUUCCUACGGGCAUUAUUAUUAUUGAAGUUGGUGAUGUGAUUAAAGAGUUGCCUCCCCCUGAUUAUAAUUGAAAAUGUACGUUUUGUGAAAUAUUUUGGCAUUUUUGAAGUUUAAUGAAUGAUGAAUGGGAUUUUGGAGAGAAAUGUGACAGAAUUGAAAACAAUGAUUUUGAGUACAUGCACUAAUAUCUAUCGUUAAUUCAUGAUCAAUUGAUAUGAAAUUUCAAUAAAAGAUUGUUAAAAAUUUUGUAGUGAUAUAUAUAUUUGAAAAUAAUAAUGAUAUUCAACAAAAGUAAUUGUAUCAGUUAUUGGUAACAAAUCUAAAGUCUUUAUAUACACUGGAUGAACAACCAUAAAAGGUAAUAACUGGUUAUUUAAUACAAAUUAAGGUUCUAAUCUGAUUUCUGUCAUUUCAUUUGAAGUGUGAUUUAGUGAUAUAUACUGCCAAAGUUAACUGUGUAUAUUGAUACAUCAGAAAUUUAGUUUUGUUGAACAUAGUUUAACUGUACACCAUACAUACUGUUCUGUGUCUUCACUGCAAGGUUAACAAAUUUCACUUCCACUGAUGUUUUGAUAUUUAUAUAAGUGUUACUUGUAGUACGAGAAAAUGAGCAAUAUAUUCACUGAAGCAUGCUGGACUGAUAUGUUUAGUUUUCGCUGCAUGAAAAAUAUUUUUGCCAGCUUCUGAUACCAAUUAUGAAUACCAAACAUGAAAAUGUAAGAUCUCAAACUUAUAUUGAUACAUCAAAUAAUAUAAACCUCCAUGUGACUUCAUAUCAAUUUGAUUGUUUAUACUGAUGUAGCCUUGGCUUUUAUACUCCCAAACCGCUUAAGGAUGUAUGCUACCUUACUGUGAUGAGAGAAGUUAAGGGUGUAUGCUACCUUACUGUGACAGAAUAAGUUAAGGAUGUAUGCUACCUCACUGUGACACAGACUAAAGGAUGUUUGCUGCCUUAUUCUCUUAUCAAGAUUUAAGGAUAUACAUUAUGUUAACUCAUUGUGACACAGAGACUUAGGAUAUAUGCUACCUUACAGUGACACAGAGACUUGUCUUAAUGUGACACAGAGACUUAAGGAUAUAUGCUACCUUACAGUGACACAGAGACUUGCCUUAAUGUGACACAGAGACUUAAGGAUAUAUGCUACCUUACAGUGACACAGAGACUUGUCUUAAUGUGACACAGAGACUUAAGGAUGUAUGCUACCUUACAGUGACACAGAGACUUGCCUUAAUGUGACACCGAGACUUAAGGAUGUAUCUUACCUGACUGUGACACAGAGACUUAAGGAUGUAUCCUACCUGACUGUGACACAGAGACUUAAGGAUGUAUAUUACCUUACUUUGACACAGAGACUUGUUUUAAUGUGACAGAGACUUAAGGAGGUAUCCUACCUGACUGUGACACAGAGACUUAAGGAUGUAUAUUACCUUACUUUGACACAGAGACUUAAGGAUGUAUCUUACCUGACUGUGACACAGAGACUUAAGGAGGUAUCCUACCUGACUGUGACACAGAGACUUAAGGAUGUAUAUUACCUUACUUUGACACAGAGACUUAAGGAUGUAUCUUACCUGACUGUGACACAGAGACUUAAGGAGGUAUCCUACCUGACUGUGACACAGAGACUUAAGGAUGUAUCUUACCUGACUGUGACACAGAGACUUAAGGAGGUAUCCUACCUGACUGUGACACAGAGACUUAAGGAUGUAUAUUACCUUACUUUGACACAGAGACUUAAGGAGGUAUCCUACCUGACUGUGACACAGAGACUUAAGGAUGUAUCUUACCUGACUGUGACACAGAGACUUAAGGAUGUAUGCUACCUUAAGACUGAAUUGCUAUACCAGGUAACCUGUGAGGUAGUAUAUAUCUUAAAAAAAAAUGUCCAGUAUUGUCCAAAUCAUCUGUUUAAAUCUAGCUUCUCUUACCAAAUAGGUGUUCACAACAUAGAUAACCAUUUCAACAUCCACUUUAGAAAUGUAUGUUUGGACUGCAGAGAAUUAUAUUUCAAUGGAUUUCCUGUCUUGCUUGAGAUGUUGUUACCACUUUAUAAUCUAUCACAUACACCAGUAUACAAUGUAUUAUAUGUUGAUGUGUGAUUGACCAGCAGCCUCCAAUUUAUUCAGCUAUAAUAAGCCCACACCUUGGAAUAUCCGUAUCUCUUGCAGUUCAGUAGAAAUGCGACAUUAUAUAUGCUUUAUCCUGUAGUAAGCCCUCCCCCGCAUUUAUACCAGAGAUGAGUCGUCUCCCUGGGCUUAUUUCAGAAUAAAUAUUAUAAAUGCAUAGAUUCUAUAUUUAUCGAAUUAUUUUUCAAACUAAGCAAUCAUCCAAUUUUUCAUUUGCUGAAACAGUUUCAAAUUUAUGAAUCAUUAGAUAUAUAGUGGCAUAGUUAAAGUGGUUUCAUUUUGAAGGCAGUUUUCACUUCAAUAAAGUAAAAGUUAAAGAUUUUAUCAUAAUCUGAGGUAAGGACACAUUAUAUAUACAUGUUGAGUUGUUGGCACUGUAACACAAGUCUGGUAAACCACACGUAGCAUUAGAUCUGAUUAUCAUAUAUACCCACUGUGUUUCUAAUAUGACUGAAAUUAUCAUACAACAUAUCUGUCACAAUAUCAUCUCAUUUCCUCUGCUAAAAUUGUCAAUAUUUACAAGCUUUCUGGAUGAACAAUAACUCUCAUGAUUAAUGUUAUAAUUCCUGCUUUGGUUUAUUUACUGGCGAAGGAAAUGUGUGGUUACCAUGGUAACAGAGAGAAUGUAUGCCAAUAGUAUGUCUACAGAGAGUAUGUGUGUGGUUACCAUGGUGAUAGAGAGGGUCUGUUUGGUUGCUAUAGUGAUAGGUAUGGUUACCAUGAUGACAGGGAGAAUGUUUGUUGUUACUGUGGUGACAGUGAAAAGAUGUGUAGUUACCAAGGUGAUCGUAUGUGUGUGGUUACCAUGGUUACUGAAGAAUGUAUGUAGAUACCAUGGUGACCAGGUGUAUGAAGUUAUUAUGUCGACAGAAUGAGUGUGGUUGCUAUGGUGACAGAAAGGAUGUGAGUGGUUACCAUGGUGAUGGGGAGGAUAACUGUACAAAGUAUUUGUGUUGUACGCUCCUGCCUGUGUUUGAUGAAGAGUUGAGUUAAAGUGCAAUGAGAAUUAAGCAUUUUAUGUUUUGUAUAUGUGUACAUAUAUGUAUAUAGAAAGCUCUAGUGAUUUAAAAUUAUGCAUAGAAAUGUCCUAUUAUAUUCUGUGUAUUCCUGGUGUGUCAGCUAUGUUGUUGUCAAUAUCAUGUUGAGAUCAAAUCUUGUUUGUCAAGGUCAUUUUGACAUUAAGGUUACUGCCAAGGUCAUGAUGUCAAAAUUCUGAAUGAUGUCAAUGUUGAAUUGUCAGUAUUUCACAGAAUCUGAUAAAUUUCAACAUUUCACUGUUAUGUUGACAACAUUAUUCCUAAGUUGAAAUCAGCGUAUUGCCAAUAUGACGGAGCAUGAUAUAAAUACCUGUCUGCGCACCUGCAUGUACUCCAAAGUUAAAUUAGCAUGCCAAUGUAACCGGCCAGAUUCUGUAUGAUGUAUAGGUAAUAUGAGUUAUUUCUCUUAUGCUUGGAUAACUGGUAAAAAAUAAUAAAAUCGUAAUAAUCUGUAAUAACCUUAGAUUGCAUAUCUGCCUUGUAGCUCAUAUAUUCACACCAUCACAAUUUACCUGCCCAGUUAAUUAUAUAUAUAUAUAGAUGUAUAUACCGUAUCUACUAGGAUGGACCAGAGGUGUACUUACCUUAUUCUGGGUAAUCAAGUGUUCAAUGAUCUCUUGACUUUAAUGUGUUGUGAUUUCUCUUAUUUAAUCUGUAUUGAGGAGUAAUUUAUUAACUGCUACUGUUUAACAUGAUGUUCAGUUACUGAAAUAGGAUACAAUUAUAAAAUCAACUGACUUAAUGCCUAAAAUGUUGAAUUUUGAAAUCUUCGGAUGGCUUUGAAAUUUUCGUUCCAAGAUAGAAACUAUAUUCUUUAUUACAUGAACUUUAAACGUAGUGAUUUCGGUGAGGGCUUAAUUUAGUAAUUUUGAUAGGUAAAUUAUACCUGUGGUAGUUAUUUCCGUGAGGGCUUAAUUAAUUUCGUGAUUUUGAUAGGUAAACUUUAUUUGGGUGUUAUUUCCAUGGAGGUUUAAUUUUGAGAUUUUGAUAGGUGAACUAUACGUGUGGGUGUUAUUUCUGCAAAUUUUUCUUUUUCACCUGUUCCAUAAAUACCACAUACUCCGAUAGUAAUAUACAUGUAGGGAAUUGCUGCCAAUUGGCCUUCACAUGUUUAGCGUAAAAUUUCCAUGUUUUCCAUGAAUGAAAAAAAAAAUAACAAUAAAAAACAAUAUCUGCCAUGGUGUUAGGAUGAUGAUAUUUCAACAUUUACAUCACAAUUUUGAAUUUGAUUAAAUGAAGUACAUUUAAAUGAUCAGUUAAUCAAAUGGAAUCAAAGGUAUUUAAAAAACAAAUUUGGCGCACAGCAUCCAUUUUUGAUUAAAACUAUAAGUGCUAGAUUAACAAACCAGUACAUCUUUUAUGAUAUACGAGUUACAUGCAGCAGUCGCACAGGUUUUGUUAUACUGUUCCUGAUUGGCUGGGGUUCCCUAUUCCCCUUAGCUGCAUUGGAGAAAGAAAUGUACUGUUGUUUCCAUAUGAUUGUGUAUACUGUAGAGUACCUGAGUAUGGCUGGGCCUGUACUGGAGAGAGGGACUGGUACUCAUGUGUACUGGGGAGUACCUGUACCUGGUGGGACAUCCCUGUACUGGAGAGAGGGACUGGUACCUAGUGGGACAUCCCUGUACUGGGGAGUACUGGUACCUGGUGGGACGUCCCUAUACUGAAGAGAGGGACUGGUACCAAUGUGUACUGGGGAGUACUGGUACCUUUUGGGACGUCCCUGUACUGGAGAGUACUGGUACUUGGUGGGACGUCCCUGUCCUGGAGAGAUGGACUGGUACUAAUGUGUACUGGGGAGUACCUGUUCCCAGUGGGACAACCCUGUACCGGAGAGAGGGACUGGUACCUGGUGGGACGUCCCUGUACUGGAGAGAGGGACUGGUACCUGAUGGGACGUCCCUGUACUGGAGAGAGGGACUAGUACCUGGUGGGACGUCCCUGUACCGGAGAGAGGGACUAGUACCUGGUGGGACGUCCCUGUACUGGAGAGAGGGACUGGUACCUGGUGGGACGUCCCUGUACUGGAGAGAGGGACUGGUACUAAUGUGUACUGGGGAGUUUCUGGUACUUUCACGUUUACUUCUAGUCAUGUAAGCUAUAUGUACAGUACCUGUUUGCCAUAUGCUUGGUUGUGAAUGAGAAAAGCAAUUUUAUAUUAUAAUCUUUGACUUUGUUAUUUUUAUGUUUAGUUUCUAUGUUUUUUAAAUCUUUUACUCUACACUUGAAGGAGAAAGUUGUUUCAGAAUAUAAUCGGUUAAGUCAGACUCAAAACAGUGUUACCGUAGGGCUAAAACGAUCUGACAAUAAUGAGUAAUUUAGUGAUUUGUGGGUUCUGAUUUUUCAUUAAAGGUAAUAUGUUUUCUAUGUUUGUUAAUCUUUCCUAAUAGAGAUUUCAAAUCUCUUCAAAUUGAUCUCCUGAUAUAUACGUAUUCCUUAAUGAAAAUUAAAAAUAGUCUCUAAUUUCAUGUUUAAAUUUCUGUGUAGUUUGCAUGGCCGGUGAGAGAACACUAGAUUUGAUUGAGUAGAUACAUAAGUUAAUUAUAUUUUAUUUGCAGCAUUUUGAAAUUUAUCCAUGCCAGCAGCAUCUUGAUUUUAACCUCCAUGUACCCUGAAUAUCAUAAAGCAAUUUUUAAAUAUUUUUGUUAUAUGUGAAAACAAGUGUUAGACAUUUGGUACAUGUGUUUUAUAUUGUGUUCUACAGUAGACAGUUGAUAUGUGUCUUAAGACACAACAGUAGACAGUUGAUGUGUGUCUUAAGACACUACAGUAGACAGUUGAUGUGUGUCUUAAGACACUACAGUAGACAGUUGAUGUGUGUCUUAAGACACUACAGUAGACAGUUGAUGAGACUUAAGACACACUGAGGUGGAGGGGGGAUCCGAUUCUUAUAAAGUACCGGUAUGUCUUUUUUUCUCUCUAUCUCUCUCUCUCUCUCUUCUGCUGUCUUACUUAUUUUCUCUCCAAUUCUGUUAUCUAGUUAUACAGUUGUCCCCUCCACAAAGAAAACUAAAUACUGUAAACAUAGUGGUAAUCUAUCUUAGCCAUUUUUAAACUCGAAACAUUGCACUAAACUAUGAUUGAGCUUAUAACAAUAACAAUGUUAAAAUGUUCUAAUGCACUAAAGUACUUCAGGGCACCUGAAUUAAUAUGUUGACAGUAACAUAGAAGGCCAACCUUACUUGUGUAAUGUACCAACUAAGAUAAGGUGUUUUAGAUGCCAUCUGAUCUCAACUAUAUUCUUUUUCAUGAAGUGAAUUCUUUUUGGUGAGAUGUCCAGUUCAAACUGAGUAAUACAUAUACUUCAGCAUACAUUCAACCCUUUUAAAUUAAAAAAAAAACAACAACCAAUAUUGCAUUUAAAAAGUAUUCUUUGACUUCAAUUAAUAACAAAAGCAGUAAAAGCUGGUAUUAUUGGUUGCUUCUGUUUAGAAGGGACAUGUCAAUUCUCUUAAGCCUUGCCUCAAAUAAUUACUGUAUUCUGCACCGCAAGUUGUGGAUUUACAAGUUAAUACACAAAAUGUAUAUUUUUUACUCAUUGAAUAUCCAUUAUUAUAUAUAUAUGUAUGAUAUGUAGACUUAAGAUGUAUAGUUCAUUACGCGAUGUGUAUGACAUAUUGAUGCUGUGUUUGUAUAGACAAGGAGUGUACAGAGAUGUGUAGCUAUAUUUAUGUACCUGUAUAUACUGUAAAGAUGUAGCAGUUAUCUGCCCCUAGUACAUGAUGUACAGUAGUAGAUGGUGCUGUAAAUGCUUCAUUUCUGAUUGGCUGUUGAAUGGAUGUGUGUGUAUACAUGUGACUUGCACGCUACUUUCCCAUUGGUCAGUUUGUAUUCAGUUCUGAUUGGCUGUCUGAUUUGAAUUUGGUCAGUAAGGCCAAUUUUGAUUGGCUGCAAAAUGGGAUAUGUGUGUACAUGUGAUUUGCACGCUACUACCCAAUUGGUCAAUUGGUAUUGUCACAAUAUUCAUAACUUGAUGACUACAUAAGGUGUCAUGCAAUAAAUUAUUACUGCAUAUGUCUGAA